CAAUAGUUGGUGACAAUGUGAAAUGUUGUUUUGUAGGUGCAUUGCAUGUGCCUUGUUAGUAGUAUACUUGGGGUUGUCAUAUGGCCUGUAUGUUCCAGAUUGGAAAUUUGAGUUACUGAGAUCAAUUUCUAUGUCGCCCACAAAUGGAAGCUUUGUUUACACUGUGACAUGUUCCACAAGAGGAGAUCAUGGACCUGCCUGUAAUGCUGCUGCAAUGAUAGAUCGUUGUGUUCUUGGUCUUAAUCAUCUAUAUACAAAACCUGUUUGUAAAAACUUGAAGGAAUGCAAUAUUUCCAGCAUUGGCCAAAUUUCAGAUAAUUCACCGUCAUGGUGUCAUACUCCUUUUGAUCUUGAAGGUAUAUUAAGGUGACCAAUCUAAUCCUUUCUUUUUCCUUGAUGAUGGUACUUCAAAACCUUUGUUCUAUUAUGUAUCGUCUUAUCAUUGCUGUCUUCGUUGUUAUUACAUGAAAAUGCAAUACACUUGAGA